UAGUAGGUUGUAAAAUUUUGUAUACACAUCGAUGCAGUCUCUCGACUUUUAACAGUCGCGUGUUUUAACCAUUAUACUUUCUGCUUCCCUCCUGAUUUGUGAGGUAGAUUAUGAUCUUAUUAUUCGCUUCCCAGAGAGCAGAGUGUUCCGUUGUGUGGUGUUAUUGUUAGGUUUACGACAUUUGGAUUGUUCGCUCGGUUCGCUCUUACAUCAGCAUGGAUGAACCUGCGCCUCCACAGACAGGACGAGCAAGGCGUCAGAAGAUUGAUAAAAAGGGUCGCUACUCUGCUUUGGAGAAACUGAAACAGUUGAAAGGGAGCAAGAACAAGUACCAGGUUGACGAGGUGGCCAAUGUGUACGAAGAAGUCGAUGAGAACGAGUACAGUAAAAAGGUUCACGAACGUCAAAUCGAAGAUUGGAUUGUUGAUGAUGAUGGCAAUGGAUACAUCGAGGAUGGUAGAGAGAUAUUUGAUGACGAUUUGGACAGCGAGAGUAUUCAACAAGUGUCACAGACGAAGGAAUAUGGACCUCGGAAAAAGAAGAGUAAUUCAAUCAAGGGAAAAGGAAAUAUUAGAAACAUGCUCGUAGGGAUGCCCUCCAAGAAAGAGACCCAGGUGAAGCUGGAUGAUGACGAUAUACUGAACGACCUUAUGGCAGAGUUGAAAAAUGGUAAAGAAGAUGUGCAGCCGAAGAAAAUUCGCGAACCAAAUAAAUUUUUAGUCAGGCCUCAAACUAAGUCAAGGACAAAUGAGAAAAAAACAGUGCCACCCGAGUUGCAGAAGCCAUUGCUUAAUGUGGCCAGCGCCAGUCAGCAAAUAGAUGAUAACAGCGAAGAUGAACAGCUAUUUGAUAUAGCUACAAGAAGUGAAAAGAGCGUGAAAGAGGAAAAGGACCUUAAAUCCACAUCAAAGUUCUGUUCAUCAUCCAUCGGUAUAAGUCAAACGAUCGAUGAUGGCAGUGAUAUGGAAACACAAAAUAACAGUUAUAAAAGUUCAGAAGUUCCUUUGCCAACUGUAGAAAAGGCGAAACCUAGUCACACGCAUCAUGCAGUCGAUAGCAUGGAGGAGGACAUCAACCGAUAUACCGACGAUUUAUCAAGUUUCGACUUUGAAGAUUCGAAUCAAGCGUUUACGGACACAUUAAAGAAAACGGAAGCCUUACAGCCAGAAUUGAAGGAAAAACACGUAAAGCCGACGGUUACGAAUGAGGAUAUGCCGAGCGAUAUAUGGGACGAUGAUUUUGGAGAACAAAUAACAGAGAUGGAAGUAUCGGUUGAUAAAUCGAACCUUCCUUUACAUGUCAAUGAAACAGGUGAAAAAGUAUUUAGAUUCUAUUGGUGGGAUGCCUUCGAAGAUCCUUACAAACAACCCGGUGUGGUUUACUUGUUUGGCAAAGUUUAUAUCGAGACAGCUAAGGCCUAUGUUUCCUGCUGCAUUGUGGUCAAGAAUAUCGACAGGAGGAUCUACCUCUUACCGAGAGAACACGUAAAACCUGAAGACAGUGCCGAGGGAUCGGAAACAAAAGCAAUUUCGAUGAUGGACGUUUACAAAGAGUUUAACGAAUACGCAAACAAGAAUGGCAUCAAAAGUUUCCGUUCUUGUACAGUUACAAAGAGUUAUGCAUUUGAGAAAAAGGGUGUACCCAAAACAUCGGAAUACUUGGAAGUCAGAUACCCAGCCAAAGAUCCCGCUAUUGAUUCCAAUUAUAGUGGACCUACGAUUGAACAAGUUUUUGGAACGUCUGUGAAUGCUUUGGAGCUACUGCUGAUUGAGCGAAAAAUUAAAGGUCCUUGCUGGCUGGAUGUCAAAUGUCCAUUGCCUGCCAAUAGUCCGGUGACCUGGUGUAAAAUGGAGGUCAAUUGUUUGAAGUCAGAAAACAUAUCGGUGUCUACGAAUAAACAUAGCACUCCGCCGCCUCCGUUGAUUGUCGCAACCCUUAAUGUGCGAAUAUCUUUCAAUACAAAAUCACAGCAGAACGAAAUUGCCAUGAUAGGAGUUCUUCUGCACAACAAAUAUCAUAUCGACCAGCCAUCGCCGAAGCCCCCGUUUGUACAGCAUUUUUGUUUCAUUACCAGACCAGAAGAUGCUGGUUGGGUAACGUAUUCGAAAGAUUCUCUAAUCAGAAGAACCCAAACGGAAGUAAUUCACUGCGACAAAGAGCGAAACUUACUUGAAGAACUAUUGAAUAGACUGCAUAAAGCAGAUCCGGACUUGAUAGUUGGAUAUGACUGCGGAUUUCAGUUCGAUGUUCUCAUGCACAGAAUGUUUAACUUGAGAAUACCAAACUGGAGCAGAGUUGGAAGGUUGAAGCGCACUCUACCUCCUAUGUACAAGGGCAAAGUUAUGAUAGGGCAAGUACUGAGUGGUCGAUUGCUUUGCGACAUCCAGACGUCAGCCAAAGAGUUGAAUCUUAAAGUCAGGAGUUACGAUUUGCAGUCACUUUGUACAAAUGUCCUGAAGGGGAAAGAAAAAGAUUGCAGAGAAAUUAAGCCAGAUGAAACCGCAAAGUAUUAUGCCAAUAUUGAGAAACUAGUUGAACUGGUGAGACUUACAAUGCUUGACGCAUCACGCAUUAUCAUGAUAAUGUUCGAACUCAACGUCAUGCCUCUAGCACUACAGAUUACUUGCAUUGCUGGAAAUAUUCUUUCGAGAACUCUGACAGCUGGCCGAGCGGAGAGAAACGAAUAUCUUUUGCUACAUGCUUUUUAUGAUAGAGGCUAUAUUACACCUGAUAAACGGAACACAAAGGCAGAUAAGAACAGCGCUCACAAGGGUGAGUAUUCAUGCAUCUCUAGCAAAAUUUUCUAUCAAAAACAUAUGAAAUUGGUAUUCUUAUCUUCAGAUGAAAGUAGUUCUCGCAAAAAGAAAGCAGCUUACGCGGGUGGUUUGGUUUUGGAGCCGAAAAAAGGAUUUUACGACACUUUGAUUUUACUCAUGGACUUCAAUUCCUUGUAUCCAAGUAUCAUACAAGAGUAUAAUAUAUGCUUUACCACCGUUCCUGGAGCUGCCUACAGCGACAGUACAGAACUUUCUAUACCUGAAACAUGUUUGGAGCCAGGAGUCAUUCCAACAGAAAUCCGUAAACUAGUCGAGAGCCGUGUCCAAGUUAAGAAUCUUAUGAAGGCACCCAAUAUUCCUCCAGAAUUGCGAAUGCAGUACAACAUCAGGCAGUUGGCGCUUAAACUGACUGCCAAUUCCAUGUAUGGAUGCUUAGGAGCGACACAUUGCCGAUUUUAUGCCAAGGGAUUGGCAGCAUUGGUCACAGCAAAAGGACGAGAAAUCUUGAUCAAUACAAAAGAUUUAGUGGAGAGAUUGAACUAUCAAGUUAUCUAUGGCGACACCGAUUCAAUUAUGAUUAAUACAAACGUUCUAGAUUAUGAACAAGUGUUUGCAAUCGGUAAACAAAUCAAACAGGAAGUGAACAAGCUUUACAAGAAAGUAGAAUUGGACAUCGACGGUGUGUUCAAGUAUCUCUUGCUUUUGCAAAAGAAAAAGUACGCCGCAGUGACGAUGACUAAACUACCCAAUGGCCAGAUAGAAACGACGCAGGAACACAAGGGUCUAGAUAUAGUCAGGAGAGAUUGGUGCCAAUUAGCCUGCGAAGUAGGAAGGAAUGUGCUGGACCAGUUGCUGUGUGAACAACCAUUUGAUACAAGACUAGAAAAUAUAUUUGAGAUCUUGCGAGUUGUGUCAAAAUCGCUGAAGGAGGGUAAUGUUCCGCUUUCUUCUCUUGUUAUAACGAAACAGCUAUCAAAGAAUCCAAGUGAUUAUCCAGACAAAAAACAAGCUCACGUCACUGUUGCCUUGCGUCUAAAUGAGAAAGGCGGACGUAUGUGGAAGGCUGGCGAUACAGUACCGUACAUUAUUUGCGAGGAUGGUACAGAUAAAUCGGCCACUGAGAGAGCGUAUCAUGUUGACGAGUUGAAAAAUAGCGAGACUUUGAAAGUAGACGUCAACUACUAUUUACUCAGCCAGUUAUUUCCAGUCAUCAUGCGAAUUUGCGAUCCAAUCGAUGGCAUCGAUGACGUUUUGCUGUCAGAGCAUUUAGGUUUGGAGGGGAUCUAUAAGCCAAAGCAGCACUUUGAGCAUGAGGAGGCAUUGCCGGUGCUGGAUGAUGACAAAUUCAAAUAUUGUGACCACUUGAAAUUCACAUGCCAAAACGAAAUGUGUCGAACAGAAAUAACUAUGGAUGGGGCUUUUACAAAGACUCCCACUGGUUUCAUGCCAGUGUUAUCGAAAUGCUCGAACACAGAUUGCUCCAUGGCUCCGUGGCGGUACUUGCCAACUAUUCAAAACCGGCUUCAACUAGCCAUCCGGGCUGCGAUCAACAGGUAUUACGAGGGCUGGAUGGAGUGUGAAGAUCCAGCAUGUUUUAACAAGACUCGAAGAGUUCCUCAACAAAUCUUCGGGAUUCACCCAGUCUGUGAUUUGUGUCAAAAGUGUGUCAUGUACAGAAUUUACACCGAAACCCAAUUGUACAACCAGAUCACUUAUUACCACCACAUACUAGACAUCAACAAAGCAACGUACAAACAUUUAGGAUCACAGCUGUCCGCUGAUGUACGGCAUGCUUACAACAUACUUAGGGAAUUCGUCGAAAAGCAAUUGCGAAGCAGUGCUUAUUCGAUUGUAAAUCUGACGCAGCUGUUCUCAUAUCUUGAUUCCAACUGGACAAAGGAUAGCAGAAUCAUCAGCAAGGGGAACGAUAUUCAUUAAAACUGUGUACUCGUACUUCUUCAGUUGCCCCAAAUACGUAUUACAAUAACUGUGAAAAAUAAUAUAUUGAACAGUUGCAAAGAGGCGAAAAAAACAUGUCAAGUGCCUGUUUCUCUUUGUACAAGAGUGAUUUAGUAAUUCUUUUAACUGAAAUAUCGAAUAAAAAACAGAUGUUUAUCGAAAACCGACCGAAGAAAAAAAAUCAAAUAAUCUAAUAUCUCGGUCUGCUUUAUUUCAACCCGUCUUAUGUUACCAUUGAAUUUGUUGGUUCUGUCCUGUUCUCAUACUGAGCAGUACUGUACCCCUUGAUUCAGGUGUGUUCUUACAUACAAUCGUGUUUAGUUUGAAUGCAGAAAUAUGAUGAAAUGAUGUAUGUUAUUUUAGAAUAUGUUAUAUCACUGGCCGUGACACAUAAAUUUCUAUCGAAUCCACCGUGUAGUUCAAAGCAAGAUAAUUGUGAUAAGAAAAAGCUUCUGAAAAGCUUCUUAUGUAGUAAUUUUGCAGUCCUAUUGCCGAAUUUUACAAGUAGCUGAAAGGUCAAAGGAUAGUACAAAAUAUACGAAUCAAUAUCAUAAAUUUGUGAUACUAUAUUCGAUUUGAACUCCAAAUUCUAUUUUAGCUAAUUGUAUCUCAGAACAUUUGACAAUGAGACACCUAUGAGAAAAGAGUGAGUUGUUAAAUUAUUCUUGUAAAUAAUAUUAUAACGAUAAACUGGUGAAUUUUUACAUGCGAAGACAAAACGAAUAUCUUUUAAAUAAUAAAUGCUA